AUGAAUCAACGUCGUCCUCCUCAUUCUGCUUCUGAUACUUCGGGGAUGAACUCAAACGCGCUGGCGCGCAUGCACCAACAACAAAGACAAGGGAGACAAUCUGCAACGUCUACCAUCGUCACUUUGAUUAAGAAUUGGAAGCCACGCACGACGCCAAAGUUGACGUUCUCUUUGGGUUUGUACGCGGUUGGGAUCUUCUUGGCGUUUUUCGCCCGUCCGUUUCCAGUGACCCCGGAACAGUUUGAAAAGUACGAAGAAAAACUUCGACUGAUUGACGGAGAGGAAGGUGUCUUAGGUGACGCUCGUUUGAACGCCGAAGACGCGUAUCGAUCUACACGCAUGGAAUUGUACCAAACAAAACGAUUCGGUUGGCGAUUACGCGGUGGACGCGAGAAAUCCAGAGUGCUAGAACUCCAGAGGAAAGAGAAGGAACAAUGGCGAGUUGUAAAAGCGUUGAACAAAGAGCGCGAACGAAAGUUGCGAGACGCGAGAAGUGAGUUAGGUAUUUGGAGCGAUGAAGGGGUUCGGGAAACGAAGAACAAAUUUUGGGAGAAGUACGAAGGCGGCAAAGUUUUCGCAACGCAACAAACGUUUUACGACGCGUUCAAUGCGUUACUCUAUGGCAGGUCGGAUGAUAACGCGCUGGAGUUUAUGAUCAGAUGGACGUUUACGAUUCUUAUUAAUUUUACGGUCGGAAUGUUUGGCGCCAUCAUCGGUUUCACCUUUGCUCUGCCUUCGGUAAUUUAUGGAUUCGGCGCUUCCUUUUUCUCGUUUGCGAUAUUUUUCUUUCUCGCGGUGAUAUCUGCUAUUUCUGUGGUCUUGACGCUUUUGGGUGUUCUUUACGGCGGUGCUAUCGGAGGCGUCGUCGGGGCCGUCAACGUCGCGACGAAUAACGCGUUGCGCCUGGAGGAAAAAAAGAGAGAAGAGAUAAAACGUUUGCAGCAAAGACAACAGCAGCAACAACAACAACAACGACAAAGGCAAGGAGGAGCGAACGGUAGCGAAAACUUUAGGGACUUUAACGAUAACAAUCGGGAUCACAUGGAUUAA